GAGGCACCCUGCGUGUGUCUAUAACUUUGUGCUGCUGCCGCGGCCGCCCUGCUCGUGGAAGGGAGGAGGAGGAAUGUGGAAGGCGGCGGCGCGCUGGCUGACAGGCGGUUCCUCAGGCGGGCUGCAGCAGCGGCGGCCGGAGCGCCUCUCCUUGGCUGAGGUUGUGCGCCCCCUCCUCGCCGCGCCCCGGGCCCGCGCGGGAUUGUGCGUCCUCCCCCCUCGUCACUGAAGGGAAGGAACCGAGGCGGCGGCAGUAGCAGCGGCGGCGGCGCCCGGGAGCCCGAGCCUUCGCGGCGCCCCCGUCCCUCCCCCGCCGCACCCCGCCCCGGCGCAAGAGGAGAGUGUGAGAGCCGGAGCCGCGGGCGGGCAGGCGGCGAAGAUGGCAGAGGCGCCGGCCUCCCCGGUCCCGCUCUCUCCGCUCGAAGUGGAGCUGGACCCGGAGUUCGAGCCCCAGAGCCGUCCGCGCUCCUGUACGUGGCCCCUGCAGAGGCCGGAGCUCCAGGGGAGCCCGGCCAAGCCCUCGGGGGAGGCGGCCGCUGACUCCAUGAUCCCCGAGGAGGAGGACGAUGAAGACGACGAGGACGGCGGCGGUAGGGCCGGCUCGGCCAUGGCGAUCGGCGGCGGCGGGGGCGGCCCGCUGGGCUCUGGGCUGCUCCUGGAGGACUCGGCCAGGCUGCUGGCUCCCGGAGGGCAGGAACCCGGGUCCGGCCCAGCCUCCGCGGCGGGCGCGCUGAGCGGAGGGACGCAGACGCCGCUGCAGCCUCAGCAGCCACUGCCACCGCCGCAGCCGGGGGCGGCUGGGGGCUCCGGGCAGCCGAGGAAAUGCUCCUCCCGGCGGAACGCCUGGGGGAACCUGUCCUACGCCGAUCUGAUCACUCGCGCCAUCGAGAGUUCCCCGGACAAACGGCUCACUCUGUCCCAGAUCUAUGAGUGGAUGGUGCGCUGCGUGCCCUACUUCAAGGAUAAGGGCGACAGCAACAGUUCUGCCGGCUGGAAGAACUCUAUCCGGCACAACCUGUCACUGCACAGCCGGUUCAUGCGAGUCCAGAACGAGGGGACCGGCAAGAGCUCUUGGUGGAUCAUCAACCCUGAUGGGGGAAAGAGCGGGAAGGCGCCCCGGCGGCGGGCUGUCUCCAUGGACAACAGCAACAAGUACACCAAGAGCCGCGGCCGGGCAGCCAAGAAGAAGGCCGCCCUGCAGACAGCCCCUGAGUCGGCAGACGACAGUCCCUCCCAGCUCUCCAAGUGGCCCGGCAGCCCCACGUCCCGCAGCAGUGAUGAGCUGGACGCCUGGACUGACUUCCGCUCGCGCACCAAUUCCAACGCCAGCACGGUCAGCGGCCGCCUGUCCCCCAUCCUGGCCAGCACAGAGUUGGAUGACGUCCAGGAUGACGACGCGCCGCUCUCCCCCAUGCUCUACAGCAGCUCGGCCAGCCUGUCCCCCUCGGUCAGUAAGCCCUGCACCGUGGAGCUGCCCCGGCUGACCGACAUGGCCGGAACCAUGAAUCUCAAUGACGGGCUGGCUGACAACCUCAUGGACGACCUGCUGGACAACAUCGCGCUGCCCUCGUCCCAGCCAUCGCCCCCCGGGGGGCUCAUGCAGCGCAGCUCUAGCUUCCCCUACACCACCAAGGGCUCCGGCCUGGGCUCGCCCACCAGCUCCUUCAGCAGCACAGUGUUUGGACCCUCGUCUCUGAACUCGCUGCGCCAGGCGCCCAUGCAGACCAUCCAAGAGAACAAGCCAGCCACCUUCUCUUCCAUGUCGCACUACGGCAACCAGACACUCCAGGACCUGCUCACGUCGGACUCACUCAGCCACAGCGAUGUCAUGAUGACCCAGUCGGACCCCUUGAUGUCUCAGGCCAGCACCGCUGUGUCCGCCCAGAACUCCCGCCGGAACGUGAUGCUUCGCAGUGACCCAAUGAUGUCCUUUGCCGCCCAGCCUAACCAGGGGAGUUUGGUCAAUCAGAACUUGCUCCACCACCAGCACCAAACCCAGGGCGCUCUCGGUGGCAGCCGUGCCUUGUCGAAUUCCGUCAGCAGCAUGGGCUUGAGCGACUCAAGCAGCCUCGGGUCAGCCAAACACCAGCAGCAGUCUCCUGUCAGCCAGUCUAUGCAAACCCUCUCGGACUCCCUCUCAGGCUCCUCCUUGUACUCAACGAGUGCGAACCUUCCCGUCAUGGGCCACGAGAAGUUCCCCAGCGACUUGGACCUGGACAUGUUCAACGGGAGCUUGGAAUGUGACAUGGAGUCCAUUAUCCGUAGCGAACUCAUGGAUGCUGACGGGUUGGAUUUUAACUUUGAUUCCCUCAUCUCCACACAGAACGUUGUUGGUUUGAACGUGGGGAGCUUCACUGGUGCUAAGCAGGCCUCAUCUCAGAGCUGGGUGCCAGGCUGAAGGCUCACUGAGGAAAGGGGAAGUGGGCAGAGCAGACCCUCAAACUGACACAAGACCUACAGAGAAAAAAACCCUUUGCCAAAUCUGCUCUCAGCAAGUGGACAGUGAUACCGUUUACAGCUUAACACCUUGUGAGCCCGCGCCAUUUCCUAACCCAGCAGAGACUGUUAACGGCCCCUUGUCCGGGUGAAGCACUUCCCCUCGCACACAACUCACUCGAUCAAGUAUGCAAAACCUUCCUUGUACGGGGUGACAGCCACCUGCCAGUGAAGGCCAGCACCCUGCCAGCUCCGCCCACCCCGUUCAGAGCACACCGUGAGCCCCGAGGGCCAUUCCGUGGGGUUUUCAUAGCGUGAUGGUUGAUGGGACUGUUUCCAGUGUUGUUUUUGUGUUCGUUUUCCUUGGAUUUUGAGUUUCUCACGUACAUUAACUUGCAGUCUUUCUAUGUUAGGAUGUUCAUCCUCCUUCCCGUUGCAAAUUUUAAACAGAAGGAAAACGUUAUGCCGGUUCCCCUGCCGCUUUGGGCGUCUCAAGCGUUCACGCCUGUGGAACUCUCCAAACUAACACAUCACAUCAGCUGGAGGGGGAUUUUCUUCUUUGGUUUGGUAGAAAACUAUCCUUUUCCAAAAGUUGAGCAAUGGCACACGUGUCAGCUGUGCACACCAGUCCAGCACCGAGCCCUGCGUCGGCCAAGUGAGCAAGGGCUCGGCCAUGGGUCCGGUGGUCGGGGGCGAGCCCCUGCCUCUGGUCUGCAGUUGCCACAUCAGUAGGGCCUGUGGUCUCGGGUCAGUACCCUCAGCUAACACAGUCGACAGUGAUGGUAUGUAGGUUAGAAAUGAGGAUCUUUGCAAGGAAAAAAAUCAGCUCAGCUGUCCACUCAUUGCCAAAUGCCACUAACAGAUUUAGUUUUAAGGAGAAAAGAAAAAAAAAAGUAAUCCUGUUUUACUUUGCAGAAGAAAUGAACUUACAGGUGAGCGUUAAGCCUGUAGUGAGAAAUGUGUGAAAAGUACAAAUCUGAGUCACUCUUUUUCUAGACGCACACACCCUUGAUUAUUUUCAGCCUUGCUCUGUAUAAUAUGAUCUACUACACAUGUAUGCGUGAGAGGCAACAGCGUACAAACUGAUUCUUUUUAUUUUUUUUUAAUAUAAAUAAGCUUAGAUUGUAAUUGUACAGGUGACCCAAUGGAAGUGCAAGAUAGGGCAGUUUUGACCUUCUUUUCUCUCACUUUCCUGCUUCUGUGGAUUCUGUUCUUUCUUUUCCAGAAGUUAUGGUGCUGUAUAGGUGCUUUGUGUUUACCCCGGAAAGUGUGAUUAUAUUAGUUUCCCUGUUUGGUAGACAGAAUAGUCGGGAACACCUUUGGUACAUUUGAAACCUGUAUAAUGACGCUCUGAUUAGCACAGCAUAUGCCUACUUCUCCAAAGUGAUAUAUGAAGACUCUUUUUCUUUGCAUAAAAAGCACUAGACAUAUAAAUGUAUAAAUAUAUUUUAUCAUGUACAGGACAAAAUGGAACAUUCUGCAUGAAUGUUAGGAAUACAGGCUAGUAUUUCAGCACAGACCUCCCUGCAUGAGUUCUCGCUGACACUCGCCCCCUGCACUGGGCACCGCCUCCCUUCCACCAGCACAGACGUGCCACCCGACCCCCUGCACCCGUCACCGGCCCCCAGGAGCCCCCUUGUGCACCUUUGCUCCACAGUCCCUCUGGGGGUGAUGUUGGUGGCGAUAACAGCUCCUAGCAUAAUAAAAGUUCCAUUUGGUGUUGUCACUUGUCUCUCCUGCCCCGCUUGGGUUGUCGUGUCUGAGCAACCGCCCGGUUGAUUUCACCCUGCCUUUCACUGAAUCUGUAAAUUGUUGUGCAGUCUGUGGCUCUCGUAGACCUGCAGCCUGUCGCCUUUUCUAAACUGCUUCCUCGUUUAUAAUCUUCAUUUGGAAAGUAUGCUUUUUAGAACUAUGUAUUCGCUUCACGUGGUCUGCUUGUCAGUGAGACAGACUUUUGCUUAACCGUAUUCCUUUGUAACAGUGCCAUCGGCUUCCUUGAUUCUUUGGUUGUCUGCUGUACCCAAGAGCUGUCCCCUGUCAGCGAGAGAGGGCUGCCUUUCGGGGUUUCUAAGUGAUGCUGCCCUGGGUGGAGGCACAGUUCGGGGAUGGGGAUGGAAUAUUGGAUACAAGGGAGAAUCCCGAGUGCUUCCAACACAAGAGCCCUGAGAGUUCUGAGCUCAAAGAAACAGAGUCCUGAGCUCAAAGAAACAGGACAACUAACACAAUAGCUAUUUGCCUUUGCAGUUGUAGAGACCCUGGGAACUACUUUGGGAGUAAGGAAGGCAACCCUCAGAUGUGUUUGGACUUGAAAAUGUUGAAUUCCUUUUAGACAUGUGGCAUCUCAUUUAUUCUCCCCCCCCCGCCCCGCCCCCCGCCCAAGUGUUUGUUAGGUUUCAGGCAGAAUGUCUUACUGAAUGUCCUCGAACCAGAUUAUCAUUUAAUCUAAAGCACCUGGGGCGGGGCACAGGCGGUAUGAGAGCAGGGUGGCCACAGAUCAGAUCAGAAAAAUGGAGACGGAAGGAUGCUUUGAACUUUUCUUUCUUUUUUUAAAAAAUAACUUGGCAUCUACACAUGGAGUGUCAUGGACAGCUGAGGUCAGGGCAGAGUCAAAUGCCAGCAUCAGUCCUAGGAAGGGUCAGGCGAGAAUGGAACAGUUAGCCUGUCCAUGAUCACAACAGCCCCACGCUCACCCUUUGCCACCCUCCGCUGGCAAACACAGUCAGAUUGAGCAAAGGUGCCACCUAAGCCCUUUGCCUCUUGCAUUAAGACUCUGCUUUCAGGAAGGGGCAACUGAGAGCCAGCAUGUGGAGUUCUGAGUGUCCUGGGUCCCUCCCAGGAAGUUUUCCUAUCUGGAGCAUCUCAGUGGAAUACUUAGUAGCCUCCAGGGGUCUGGCAGCCGGAAUGUUUGCAUCCUGAUAGGAACUGCCUGGGGCUGCCCUCAGCCUGUAAAUAAGCUGCUCCCAGGGUCCUUCCACUUUGGGAUGGGAAAUUUAGAAAGAAGAAUAACUAUGUUGAAAACAUGACCUGAACUCUGGGGCUCUGUUCUCUUCAGGGCUCCAGAACCAGAUACCUUUUACCAAAGUUAGAAAAGAGCUUUAUCAUGAGCCUGCACUCUGCUGGCGUGAGGAUAACCGCCAGCAGCAGAGUAUCCCAUGAACUGUGAAUGACUCUGAGGUUGAUUUCCUUUAUUGCAUCUCCUGCAAUGUAUAAUGAUUGCCGAAACGUAUCUUUUAAAAUUUCAGAAGUUUGUCUGUCUUUGCUGUUAACGGAAGGAGUGUGCACACACGUGUAGUACAGGUGGACUGGUGUGUGUGUGUGUGUGUGUGUGUGUGUGUGGUUGAGUUUUGGCACUAUGUGUGUCACUCCUCCACCCUGAGAAGACAUGGUGGCUCAGGGCUCAGGACCGGUGUGCCCCCAUCUCAGGAUGACAUUUCUGGUGGCUUCUGAACUUGUUAAAGAUGAUAGAAUCUGAUGAACCCCACUUAAAGAAUAAGGAACAUUCGAAUCUCUUGGAAAGACCGUCAGGAGGAAAGCAGUCAGCCAGCCAGGCCCGUCCUGCCUGCUGAUGCCAAGGGCUGGUAAGGGGUAAUCAAAAAGUUACCCUUUCUCUCGGAAAGCAGAGAGAAAAUCCCGACAGCUCUGAACUCUGAUUUCCUUUUUCUUGGUGCAUCUGGGGAGUAUUGUAUGAUUAGGCAUAACCCUUACACACAUAGAAAUUAAGAAAAGCAAGAUUUUUUUGUUAAAAUGCAAUCACUGGCAAGAAAGGUACAAUAAAGCCAGCCUCUCCUGGAGACCAGGGUUGGCAGGGCACUGCGAGGGGAGAGUGACGUCCUUGCGAAACCAUGUCCACAAAACAAGAGCUUCACGCAGAUGCCCAAGUAAUUGCAAAGAGUACAGCCGGCCCGCCGUGUACUGGGCUCUGUAGCCAUGGAGUCAACCAGCCGCAGACUCAGAGGGCCUGCUGUACUGUGCCAUUUUACGUAAGGGACUUGGACCUCCACAGAUUUGGGUUAUCUGGGGGGGUCCUGCAACCAAUCCCCCAUGGAUACCGAAGGAUGACUGUGUAUUAUAUUUGCUCUAGAUCUCUAGUGGGUAAUCUUUUAUGCAGUUUGAAUGAAUGAAGUAUUUUCCUCAUAGUUUUAUUUUUAUGUAUUUUUCUUUGAUGAAUGAUUGGUUCCAAGGCUUCUGCCACACUCCAAAAAUAUUUGUGCGGCUGCUUUAAAACAAAAAAAAAACAAAACAAAAAAACCACAACUGUGUGUCUGGUCACUUCUUUCUCUAAAAUUUUAUCUCAUUGCCUGGCAAUCAGUCUUCUCUCAAUAUACUUGUCCUAGCACAUUAUGUACAUGGGAAAUGUAAACAGAUGUGAAGGAGGACCAGAAAAAAAUGAGUUCAUAUUAAAAAACAGUGUAUUGUACAUUUUGGCUUCACAUGUUUUAACUUUUUUAAGAAAAAAAAGUUGCAUGAAUGGGAAAAAAAAAAUCUGUAUACAGUAUCUGUAAAACUGUCUUCUCUGUUUCACUUUCUUGCUCAUACCCCCCAACAGCAAGAAGUCCAUCUGGUGCAUGACUGUCUUCAAACACCUAAGAGUCAUGCCACUGAUCCUUUGGUUUGAAGCACCUCAUCCUUUCUUUUGAAGCGAACACUAUCACAUUGCAUUCAUCCUGAGGAUUUUCUCUAACCAUAUGUUGCCAUAAAAUAACAACUACCACUUCUCCUCUCAAGAAUCAAAACCAGUUUGAUUUGGGAAUCUUCUCCUUUCCAAACGAAAUAGAGAUGCAGUACUUAACCUUCCUUGGUGUUUGUAGAUAUUGCCUUGUGUAUUCCAUCUAAAACCGUAAUCUAGUUUGUAAAAGAGAUGGUGACGCAUGUAAAUAAAGCAUCAAUGACACUC